AUGCUUGAAAAGGGAAUUCUGGUAACACUUAUCACUGGUUUCACGGCCGUCAUUGUCACCGUAUGGAUCACCGUCGACUUCUGUUUGUACAGGAGGAAAAAAGCUGCCAUUAGAGCUGCCAAAGCAGAUACGUUUUAUAGAAAGCCGCAUGCAGAGAGAGUUGUACAACCCUUCCAAAAGAAAAAGGAAGACAAAGGCAAAAAGGUAUCUUCCACUCCUAAGCCAAGGAGAACAUUAAGUGUCAGACAAUUUAUGAAUUUUUUCAAGGGUAAAAAGAAUGACGGUAUAAUUGAUGACAAAGAUUCAGUUAUUGAAAGCGGAAAUGAGACAAAAGAAUCUGGAACCAAAGUUAAAAAAGGUGAUUCAGUUCCAAUAUCUAAAGUGGAAGCUGGCGGAAGUAGUAAAACAGCUUCUGUGAAUUCCGAUGAUAAGAGAAACAGCUCUAACAGAUUAUCAAAAGAUGUCAUUUUAGAAGAUGGGGCAUCCGAAGCAAACGUUCAUAAAAAUCCGUUACUAAAUGGCGCAAUAUUGAGCAAAAUACAAUCUUCACCGAACUUUGCUGGUAAAUGGACAAACGCUGUGGGUCCUUCAGAGCUUCCUGCCGGUAAAAAAGCUCUGCCUCCCUUAAAGGGCAAAGCAUCAUCUAAAUCAAUACAGGAAGGGAUAUCUGCUCUGGCGAAAGAAACUAUCAAUGAAGGUAUUGGUAAUGUAGAUGAUGCACAAAAGUCAAAUACAGAUAUAGAACUUAACGAGAUGAAGGAUAACAAAAUGAAAUCAAAACCUCCAUUCAAACAAAAAAAUUCAAAGUCGAAAAUGAAAACAGAAAGUGAGGUUUUUGUUUCAAAAAAUGAACAAAAUGAUACUGAACAGAAAGUAAAUACUAACGACGUCCAAAAGAAACCUCCAUUAUUAAAGAGAAUUUCCAGGAACCGUGUAGACUCUAUAAAUGAUGGCAGUACGUCAAGUACGGACACGAGAGAAACAUUCGUUGAAGAAAGAGGGUCCUCAGCUUCAUCAUCGUGGACGUGUGAUGAAAGCGGCAGGAAGCGAACCGGUAGUUUUUCAGACUCCACCACGUCAUCCGGAAGUAUCGAGCUGGAGAAACGUAAAUUCAGAUUAAAACCUUUAAAACGAAACCAGUCUAACAUGAGCAUGUCAGACACGACACCACUCACGUAG